UUAUCUCCACAAAUUAAGAAAUUACUUUUCAAAAUAUAAAAAUUUAUCAAAAACAAUUGGGUCCUCAUGAGUUAAAAAGUUAACAAUCCAUAGUCACACAAUCACAAUAUAUGCUUCAUUCUCUUGGACUAUUAACCAACCAAAACAAAACAAAUACCAGUAAAAAAUUUGAGCAGUCAUGGAACCACCUAACGAUGCUGAGCCGGGGAAAACUGACGCUGGAGCUACUACCGACCUUCAGCCGCAUCCCCCACCUCAGAAUAGUUAUAUGAAUCUCAGCCAUGACGGAAGGUAUAUACAAUACAACCUUUCCGGCACUAUCUUCGAAGUCACGGCAAAGUAUAAGCCACUGUUCAUGCUUCUUGGCAGCGGUGCUUCGGGCAUCGUUUGGUCGGCUAUAAACUCAGAGACCAAUGAGAAGGUAGCAAUAAAGAAAAUCACGCAUGCAUGUAGAAACCAAAGCACUGCAAUGAGAACUCUCCGUGAAAUCACGCUUCUUCGUCAGUUACAGCAUGAAAACAUUGUCGGAAUCAAAGACGUAGUAUUACCUCCUCAGAGAGAUGCUUUUGAAAAUGUUUACAUUGCUUAUGAAUUGAUGGACACUGAACUUCAUAAAGUCAUAAAUUCCAAACCAGAACUAACCGACUAUCAUCACCAGUAUUUCAUGUAUCAGUUACUGCGUGGAUUAAAGUACAUUCAUUCAGCCAAUGUGUUACAUAGAGAUUUAAAACCGAGCAAUAUCCUUUUGAAUGCGAACGGUGAAUUAAAGAUAUGUGAUUUUGGGCAUGCUCGUGUGGCUUCAGACGCAAUGACUGAGUAUGUUGGCACAAGAUGGUACCGUGCACCGGAGCUUCUCUUGAACUCUUCUGCUUAUACCUCAGCUGUAGAUGUUUGGUCUGUUGGCUGUAUAUUCUUGCAGAUGAUGACUCGCACACCCCUCUUCCCUGGAAGUGAUCGUGAAAAUCAGAUUCGUUUGAUUCUGGAGGUAAAUAUUUUUUGUAAGUUAAAACCCUUUUGUUCGAACAUAAUAACCGUUGCACUUUUUUUUUGCAGUUGAUAGGCUCUCCAACAGAAGAUGACAUUGGAUCUUUGAAUGAAAGUGCUAAGCAAUACUUAAGGACGCUUCCUCGUUUUGAUCGCCAAUCUUUCUUUGUAAAGUUCCGAGAGGUGUCUUUCUCAGCUGUUUCGUUGUUGGAGAAGAUGCUCAAGUUUGAUCCUAGAAAGAGAAUCUCAGGUUAGUAUAUAUUUAUGUCUCUCUUUGCAGUUUUAUUUGAAGUCUCAUUGCCAUUUGUUUUGUCCUUUUGGCAGUUGAGGAUGCACUUGCUGAUCCAUAUAUCCAAACGAUGCACAACUACAUUAGCUGUGAACCAGUGUGCACGAAUCUCAUUGACUUCGAUUCUGAGGAACAUCCACUCACAGUGGAGCAGAUUAAGGAGCUGAUCUACGAUGAAGCCCUAGCUUUUAAUCAUGAUUUCCUAGCUUUCAACCCUGAACCAGCAA